AUGGAAUCUAUUUUGGAUACCUCUAGUGAUAGUGAUGAAGAAGAGAAAGCUUUACUAAUGUUUACACAACUAUGUUUGGAUGAACGAUUGCGUAUAAUUAGACAACCUGUACCAAGGGAGGUACAUACACGUAGUGUAAUAACGCGUGAUCGAGUGUGGCAUGAUGCCAAAAUGAUGAAUGAUUAUUUUACGCCUGGAACUGGUUAUACCUCUAGACAAUUCAAACAACGUCUAGGCAUGAGGGAAGACUUAUUCGAGAAAUUGUUAGGAAAAUUUCUUGAAGUUGAUCCGGAGUGGCAUCAACGUCCGGAUGCAAUUGGUACUACGGGGCAUUCUCCGCAUAUGAAAUUAGUUGCGGUGAUGAAAUGUUUAUGCAAAAGUACGCCAACUGAUCGUGUUGAUGAUUACACCCGUGUGGGUGCCACCACAAUACACAAGUAUCUAAAAAGAUUUUGCCACACCGUUUGCAUGACUUUUGGAGAAAGAUAUUUGCGUGAACCCACUCCUGAAGAUGUUCAGAGGUAUCUAGAUGAGAAUGUGGACCGAGGUUUUCCUGGAAUGCUUGGUAGUGUUGAUUGUAUGCAAUGGCCAUGGAAGAAUUGCCUGGUAGCUUGGAAAGGAACUUACCGGGGUAAAGAUAAAAAGAGUAGCUUGGUAUUAGAGGCGGUGGCAUCAUACAAUUUGUGGUUUUGGCAUGCUUUUUUUGGAAUGCCUGGUCAAACAACGAUCUGA